AUGCUUCUCGACGACGCGGCGCCAUCUGUGCAUGUGCACGCUCUUGGGGCCGCUGAUGCCGACACGCCUCGCAUGGAUCAGCUUGUGGCCUCUGGCCGCUACGCGGGUCGCAACCUCCGAAACCGCCGCAACACGCCACUCGACGAGCCGGUUAGGGUAGAUUUUUUGGCGAAGUUUCAAGAGCAAGCUGAUGGUCGCGAGCUCACGAUAUGCCACGAGCUUGAUGCCAUCGGCUAUCAGACCGGCUACUUUGGCAAGUACCACAACCUUUUUAGCAUCUCGCCAUGGUUACAAGUGGUCGACCUCAACGAAGAUUUUGUGCCCGACAGGGACAUCGAUGUCAACUCUGCCGCCGGUCGCGCGCAGCUCGCUGCCAAAAACGAAUGGCUGCGAGCGGUGGUACUCAACGCAACAGGCUGUGCGUUGGGCUUCCACAACCCGGAGUGGAUUAUCGAAGGCGCCCUCCGCUUCCUCCAUGCGGUCUCGACAUCGACCCCCGUGUACAUGCACGUCGCCCUGACAAUCCCCCACGGUCCGAUAAACGCUGAAUCGCUCGCCAAGCCCAACGGUCUGCUCAUCACGCCUCUCGGACUGCUAGAUCCCGCCCACGCGCCCUCCCACGUUCUCUCCCUCGACCGCUCCACCAUCCUCAGCAGAUCAGCCUGCGAAGGGGGGACGUGCAUUGGGAAAAACGCUCGACUUGCGGAGGCGCUGUGGAUUGACGAGUGCGUAGGCGCCUUGCUCGACGGCUUGGCCCAGCGAAAUGCGAGCAGCACCUCGCUUGUGUUCCUCGCCUCCGAUCACUCAGGAAUGAGUCCAAGAACGGGGAAGGGGGGCGUCUAUGACCGCGGCUCACGCACGAUGGGCAUCCUCUCGUGGCCAUCGGUCGUUGCUCCUUCGCAGACGACACACGCGCUCGCAAGCAACAUCGAUCUGCUCCCCACCUUUGUGGAGGCGGCCAUGGGCAGCCGACAUUCGCAGCCGCAGCGCGCCGGUCGCAUCGACGGGCUGAGCUUGUGGGGCCUUGCAACUGGGGAGGCAAGGACGGCGUGGCGAGCUGCGCUGCUCCUCGAGGUGGGGUACAAAAGGGCUGUGGUGACAAGGACGCACAAGUACAUUGCCACGCGCUGCCCCAUUUCGCUCCUCGACGAGACCUGCACCACCUCGCACUAUGGUCGUACAGUCGCAUGGGACGACCUCGAAGAGUUGCAUCCGUCGCUGUACGAUGCGGACCAGCUUUUUGAUCUCAUCUCGGAUGCAGCUGAGCGACAUAGUCUCCUGAGCAACUCGACGCGAGCUCGUGACGAGACCGAUGAGUGUGUCAAAAGUCUGACGGUCGAAAUGAAGCACCUGCUCCGCGGCUUCCUUCAUGGACGCGAGCAUCCAUUUGGAGAGUUUCAGGGUGGCGACUCGAGCCUCUUCGACAAGCAGGCGCCCGUGAACGACCUGUCAAAGUACCUCGCCAAGGCGCGCGCGCUUGCCAGCAGCCGCCGGCUCGCUGCGGUGGUGAAGGUGGUCCCCGGCUUCAAUAAGGAGGUCAAGUUCUACAAGCGGGUCACGCACGACGACGGCGCCACCGAGACGGAGCCAACGACGCUGGACGAGAUCAUGCAGAUGGACAUCACGAUGGUGCUCCCCCCCCAGCCUCAGUCGAGGCGGGAGAGCGAGCUGAGCCGCAAGCUCGAGGCCGCGUAUGCGGAGGCGACUGCCGCCAAGCGGCAGCGCACCUAA